CUUGAUUCCCACAGGUAUCAUUUUGGACAGGGAAACUAGUUAAUCAGUGACCAAUUCUGAUCGAUUUUUAUUCACAAUAUGAAGGCGUCAACUGGAACACUUACCUGUCAUAGCUAUUACCUCAAGUGGACUCCACAACAAACACUGAUUAUUCCCUUCACCUGUUGAACCUGAAAGAGCAAAAAAGAGACAAGCAACCCUACACGUUAGCCUACACAUAUAUGAUAAAUUAUGAUCAUGUUGUUGUUGAGAUAAGAGUACAAUAAGCACAUUUAGAGCGUAAAACACUGAAAAAAAAGCUAUAUUUACUUGUGGGGGAGCGAAACCCCGCCCUCGACGAGACUGCACCCCGAAUACACCUCUCGGUUUGCCGCGGCUACAGUCUUCAUUUCGGGCUAACAGGCUAACAGUUGAACCGAGCUAUGGGUUCUUACCUCGAAAACGCCUUUCCAGCCGGAGACGAAAGCGACGCCAGCGACUAUGAGUGGGAUAUUGGGUCGUUUACGGAUAAAAAACCUUCCUCCAAAAAGGUUAGUGUUGAAAAACUCUUUCAUUUGUUCUCGGGGGUCGUCAUUUCUAGUAUGGCAGGAUAAACCGUUAGCUAGCAAAACCUGGCACUAACAUCGGCUGUGCGACCGUUAAUUUUUAAAAUAACUUAUAGCAGUGACCUCACGCGUCGCUUUCUCCUUACUUACUUGCGAAGUACUGUGGUAACAAUCGUUAAAAGACAGCUUUUCUAAACUGACAUAGACCUACUUAAUAUCAGAGUUGAACGUAUUGUAUUGUAUGGUGGCUAAGAACCGCCACUGCUGCAAAAAAAAAAAAAAAGAAUGCAAAAAAAUUAAAAAAAAGAAGUCACUGGUAUUUUUCAUUGGUAACUUCUGUUGUGGCUUCUUUUUUAUAUGCAUUCUGUUUUAUUUGCAGCCAUGGCGGUUUGCUAAUUAUUUUUCCACAUUAUUCUAUUCUAUUCGUUUUUCUUGGAGAAACUUUUAUUAACUGUGAAUGUCUUUCUAACUUUCAUAGAUCCUGGAUGCUGUUGUACCACAAGCAGAGGACAAUGUGUCAGUGCUGAAGAGAGCCAUCAGUGCCGGAGACAUAGACACAGUUGAACAGCUGUUGGACAAUGGCAAGUACUCCUUUUCUUUUCAUAAGCAUUUCUUUUCCUAACUUUAGGGGUUUUAUAUUCCUAUUAAAUAGAGUUUUUAAUGCUUCAGCAUAGCAACUAAAGAGACAGCUUCACUCUUGAAAGCUAAGAUACUAAUCCCUCUGCAAAUGCUGCAAAACAUGCUGCGUAGUGUUUCGUACUGCGCCUUAAAUAUUGGCACCAAUUUUUCAAGUCUUUAGUUUUUACCGACUAUUUACAAGUUCUGUUUUGACAACGCUUAGUUGGUAGCACCACAGUUAAAUCCGUUUUUUUUGUACUUUUUUUAGGAUUGGUGAAAGAUAAGAGUAAAGGAAAUGUUCUAGCAUGGUUUGUUAUUUAGUGAUUAUAUUGUAUGUAGUCUGGACUUUUUGUGCCAACAAAAACAGUUAAUUUCCAAAAUUUUAAAGCAGAGGAACAACUAAAUAAAAAGAAAAAUGUAUUGGAUAUAGGCCACAUACUUGCUUUUCAUGUAAUCAAUGGAUUGCCUCGCUUAACUUGAUACCCUUGGUGUUGACAGGCAUGGAUGUGGAGACCAGGCUUGGCUUUGAAUGGACUCCUCUGAUGUGCGCUGUCAAUGUGGCCAACUAUGACCUGGCCAAACUGCUCCUGGACAGAGGCGCAAGUGCCAACUUCAGCAAAGGUCAGAUAAACGCGUGUAACUCUAUCUAGAGCUGGUUAUCUCGAAUGCCUUCUCAGAAAAUUUUGCGGUUAGGUCACAAAGCUGGAAAUGUUAUAUUAAGAAUUUAACACCUCUAGAAAUGAUCUGUGUGGACAAGGUGAAAAUCUCCUCCAUUGGCAAAUCCCUGUACAUUAACUGUCUAACUGUUAAUUAUUUGACAGUUAACAGUGCAUCGUUGUCUAAUCCCUAAUGGCACAGAGAGAGCUUGUGUCUUGGUCUAUUUAGAGACAAAGUAUGUUUAGAUAUUGGAGCCACAGGAUGCCUCUAAUACCUCAAGUCUAUUUUUUAACCACUACUUAUAUAAACCCAAAGUUUAUCUUUAUAAAAAGCACCAAAUCCAUAUCUUGAGUUAACAUUGAUCUUAAUGUCUACGUUACAAAGGCAACAAAGGAAAUGCUGCUCUGAUGUCAUCAACAACCUAUAGAAAAUCACCAUCAUGUAUUAAUUCAAUUUAUGACCGACUGCAGUGGCGUUCAUUUGCAUCUGUUGAUGGUAAAAACAUAGCAGCAUCUUUGGUCACACAUGUCAAAGGAAGCUGCACAUUAUGAGGUUUGUGUUCUGCUCAGAUGCUCCUUUGUUCCUCACUCACUAUUUCAAAGAUACAAACUCAGACACAGAGCCAUGACAGGAUCUUCGGUGUCUCUUGAAGGCUCUUGUCAGGUGAGUGUCUGACUUGAGUUACAAAACACAAGUGAAGGGCAGAUCAGACAAACUUUGAAGACAUGUGUAACACCCACACACAUCCUGAAGUUCUCUGGGAACCUGCUUUGUUUUCUUCAAAGAUGUAUUAUUCAAUAAUUUUAAUUAUUUCUUGAACUUAAUUUAUCUAAGAGGAUUUUAAAAUGUUUUUUUUACCAACAGGAUUAAAGGUUUUCUGUGUAGCUGCACACUUUACAUGAAAGAUUCCCCCCCACAAAAACAUUUAUUUCUGCCAGACUGACGUUGAUUCGACACAUGCCUUUAAUUUCUCCUGCUUUGGGAUGAGUGUGCAGUGUGCAUGAACUAGAAACAACUCACAGGAUCAGCCGUGUGUUCCUGCAAGAGUUCCUCUUUGGCGUCAUCGGCAUUAAGUAAUGUCAGAUGAAGCACACUGGUGCACGGGCCAGAUGGGUCUCCUGGCUUUUGGCUGCAGCAGGUGAGGAAAUUGAUAAAAGGUGCCACAGGAAAGGAAAGCUCGACACCAACGCAACAGGGACCGCCAGCAGGAUUAGGGAUGGCUGUUUGACAUCCAAAUCAAACUAUCUGCCUCGUUUAAUUGUCGGAGGGGAUUUCUUGUAGUACAGAGAGUACUGUGAGCCAGACUCUUGUGAAUAUUAAUUACUUUAACAGCUGUUUUUGGAGGGGAGAAUCAGGAAAUCAUUUUGAGAGGAUGAAAUAACCAUGUGAAUUUAUCAUUAGAAUUACAUUAUAGCCUUUUACAGAAGUUUAACCAGCUUCUGACUGUAGCGGUUUUAAACAGUUUGCAUAAAGAAGACAUUAAAGCAUUCGGAUGAGCAAAAGAAAUGCCCAGGUUUAAAAUUAAGGAGUUGCACUUUAUUUUCCUUUGAGGUGGUAAACCUCUCAUAGCCCCUAGAUGUCCCAGUCUGAUGCAUGAACCCCCACUCUCACCACGUUUGUUAAUUCUCAGAGUUUGACUGUGCGUGUUAUUUAAUUCACAUUGUCUGGGCGUCUUUUGCUCCAGGCAGGUGAAGGAAAUGAUUAAACCGAAGGAUGACGUGUGGUCACGACCUGAUGGCAUUCGUCAAAGCAAGCAGACCCGGCAGAGGAAUGUAUGAGUGAUUUAUAUCGGUCAACAUGCUGCCAUCAUACCCUCUCACCGAUUCGCAGGCCUCCGAUUUAUUUACUCCGGGGCUCUCAGGAUGCAAACCAGGCAGUCUGGUUUACACCCACACACACAUUAUAUAAACACAAACACAUACGCACACAUGCACAUACACAUAGAUAUAGAACCAAUCAUGCACAGGAACCCACAUGCAGACUCAGAUAUAUACGUAGAUACACACACAGGAUUGCCUUGGGUCUGAUCUAAUCCAGAUUAGAUAAGGAAGCAGCUCCUCUGAAGUCAUUCAGAGCUGCCAUAAAGGCUGCUACACUUCCUGAUGCCAGAUAAUCAAUCUCCAUCACGGGGCUAUCGUCAGGAUUUUAUCUGUUUCCUCAUGGUGCGUGAUGAUUGACUUCAUUGCGAUUAAGAGAAAUUAACCUCCUCUUUCCUAAAAACUGUUCCGCUAAAUACUGUAAUAAUAAGGAAAAAAACUGAUAAAGAGGAUUUUUAUGGCUUCUUGUUUCUUUUGAAAAAGUAACCAAACUUAUUUCUACACAAUGAAACAUUACUGGAGGAUCAUCCGUCUGAUAAAGGUACAAUUUGUAAAAAUGGCAUGUUGAGUGAUAUCCGUCCAGGUAGGGCUGGGUGAUAUGGCCUCAAAUCAAUAUCACGAUAUACUGAUCAGUUCACCUCGAUAACGAUAAAUGGACGAUAACUACUCCACAAGCUGCUCACACCCCCACAUUAACUUCUACUUCAGCUGCUACAACUUUUGAACCGUCCUCCGUCUCCUUACCUUCCUUGCCCUCUUUGUUAUGGACUGGAUGGGGUGGAGUCACAUCUCUGACGUAGGACAGAUCAAAACCAACUUUUAUGUCUUUAUUUAUUUAUUUGACAUCGAAUAUACUGAUACGGGCAAAAUUACGUUGUUUAUUGUUGUAAACUUUGGUAUCGGUAAAUUUUCGGUUUAUCGCCCAGCCCUAUGUCCAGGUUUAAUUAUCAGCCCGAAACACUCCUUUGCUCACCCAUCCUGUCAGGAAAAGAAGCUCCUGUGAUGAUCCUUCACUUGUAAACCUCGUCUGAAUGCGGCUACAUGCUACGAACUGUGCCUUUAAGACAAAAACUGAGUGCAAAAUGUUAAUAGAGUUUUAAGUGAACUGCUUUCUGUCCUUUACUCAUGAAAACUUCCUAAAAGCUCUUGUUAUCACAGCUGAAACUCCCAUUGACAGUCUAAAUAGAAAGUAGAGAUAACUCCCACCUCAUUAUCAGUCAGUUUAUUCGCCUCUAACUGGUGGCUACCAUAUCACCGAGACAGGAAUUCCACCUGUAUAUAGAAAAGCAUUCAAACAAAUACCCUCCUUCUACUCAACUCAAGGAAAAAAGCAACGUGACUGGACUACCUUCCAAGUUUAGCUGGUUAGAAAUUUAAGGCAUGCAAAAAAUAAAACUGUUGAAAUGGUUUUUCAUCGUUCUUGUCCACAGAUAACCUGACGGUGCUCAUGGCCAGCUGCAAAGCGCGUGCAAGUGAAGACAAACUCGCACGCUGUGUGGAGCUCCUGCUAUCCAGAAAUGCUGAUCCCAACAUGGUAGACAGGUGAGGGGAGGGGGUGAUGGGGAGUAAAGACAUGUUUCAGGUCAAAAUGUUUACAAGAUACUGAAGCACAUUACGCACUGUGACACCCUUAGUGAUGCAGGCCAAAUAGAAACACUCCAGACCGUGACUUGAACAGGGGAGAAAAAAACCGGGGUGGGGGAUCAGGUUUCCUUUGAUGGUUCUUGUUAUGUUUGGCUGCCAUGUGGUAGCAUCAUGCACCACAACGCUCCAUACAGUGCGUGUAUAUUUGUGUGUUUUGUUUGGAAUGUCCUGUUAUGGCAUGUGCACGUACGGACGGGUAUCAGACAGACAGACAAACAAACAGGCAGCGUAAGGGGGCGGGAGGAUUGUGGAAGCUGUUUCACCAGCUUGGAUGCAGCACAUGGAGUUUGAUUUUGGUCAUUUGUGGGUCAAAAGUGGCACAGGUUAACAAUCCGGGACGUAUUUUGACCAAAUGAUGUAAAGAAGAACUAACUCUCAAAGGGCAUUCAAGACCAAUUAGUACAUUUCAACAGAGUGAGGACUUCUUACACAUUAAUGAGAAUCGUAACUAGGGCUGGGCGAUAUGGCCGCAAAUCAGUAUCACAAUAUAUUGAGCAGUUUACGUGCGUAACUACACCACAAGCUGCUCACACCCUCCCACAUUCACUUCCUCUACUUCAGCUGCCGCUCCAGCCGCUAUGACUUUUGAACCAUCCUCCAUUUCCUCACCUGUCUUUCCCUCUUUGUGGGGUAGUCACAUGUUCGACGAAGGACAGUGUCUUAAAGGGACAUGAGACCAUAGCUUACCUACAUACAUCCAAAAACAACUUUUAUUUAUUUGGGUUUUUUUUGACACCGAAUAUACCAAUAUGGGCAAACUGACGUCCGUUAUUGUUGUAAAUUCCGGUUCGUCGCCCAGCCCUAACAGUAUCCAUGCAGUUGAUUUAGCUUUUUCCAAUCUUUGUGUGCAAAAUUUUGCUCUAAAGUCAACAAACUAAAUUUUAAAUCUGUCGCCCAAAAUAGUCAGAAUAUAUAUCUAUCCAGUAUUAACUAAUGUCCUAAAAAAGAAGCUCAGGAGGAACUGUUUGUUAAUAGUUAAUAGCUUUAAAUGUGGAGUCACUCAAACACAGUGAUGGCCUGUAACUGCUAGUAUUCAUUAAGGUGUGAGGGAGGGUAGUAAACAAAAAUCGAUGAUAAUAAAAGAGACUACAAAUUUGAGAAUGGUUUCAGGAGAGCUAAAGUAUCGCUCAAACUUACUGUAACACUGCAGCUUUCACAUAUAAUGUAAAUGCAUCCAAAAUUAAGUUAAAAUGAAUCAUGAUUAACUUUUAGAAUUAAGUCAUAAAUCACAAUCAUGUGACAGCCCGAAAAAACACACAUUCUCACGCACUUUCAGCUGCUACCAUGCCAUGAGCAACUGUCUUAUCCCAGGACUAUUCCAGGAUUACAUAUGCUGUGAAAUUCAAGGUGUUGUUAAAAAACACGUAUUAUAACUUCUUGCUCUGCUACAUAAGAUGGUAUCUGACUUGGGGGAGAGUUUGGGAUUCAUCGCUCAGUGGAAAUAAAAUGCGGUUUCAUCCCCGGUGAGGUGCUGGAAAAAUUCCAUCUCGUGGAAAAAAUGUAGAGAAGACAUUCUUCAGUCACUUUUGCUGUUAACAUCUGUGGAUUUUUGCCGUGUCAAAGUGGGGGGAUUCGGCCCCCCAGUGGCUUUCUUGUUUAGCUAUCCCUAAUCCCCUGCCACUCUGUCACUGCCAAUAUGCCAUUACAUGCACGACACAAUCCUCCCGAUGACACACACCGUCAGGCUUUUGGUUUGGGAGACUGAUUGGUUCUUUCCCAGACAAAAUAUUUAAAGCAAGGUAACAAGGUACAGGAGGAUGUUAGUGAGUGUUGACCCCUCCUCUUCACCACUUCCUCUCAUUAAGAUCUAGAGAAAGAGGAAGAUUUUGAGGUUCUUGUGGGUGCAGACCAUAAACCUCCUCCUCAUCAUCAUCACCUCUUACGUCUGAAUAUCAAACCAAUGAUUAACACCAGCUGCUCGUCCCUCCAUCUUAGCGUAAACAAGAACUGUCUGUCAUCUCUCAAAGUCCUCCAAAGGAAAACACCAUGUGGGGUCCAUUUGUGUCCUUUUUUUUCCCCCUCACUGUGCUGUUUUGUGUUGAUCAAAUGUAUGCUCCCUCAGGCUGUACACAGUAUACAUCAUGUGAAUAUGCAACAGGGUCAUUCGAACUGCAGAUAUAAACCCAAAUGAUUUCUGUUCUGAGCUUCAAAUUGGAAGUAAAUCCAUCAUUUCAUGAAUACGACAAAUUGGUGUUUAAAGUAUCUUAGUUCUUCCAAAGUUCCACUCCAGUAAUAACUAGUAAGUAGGGCUGCAUGGUAAAUCGAUUUUAAAUCGUAAUCGGAUUAUUUGAUUAUGACGAUGUUUGAAAAAUUUUCUUCUCUAUCAUGUCUUGCGGCCACCGUAGGCUCCCCCUUCCUGUGGGAGCGCUCCCCAGUUUCCACACACUCCAGUGUAAACAAACAUGGCGUUUGUAAAAGGAGGCGAUAAUUUCAUGGCUAAAUAAGACAAGAGCAAGUCUGAAGGCGGUAUCAACCCGUCCACACGGAAACAAAUUCAGGAUUAAACGCAAAAGUUUUUUGUUGUAUCGGCGUUUCAUCCACACGGAAACGGCGUUUCGGUGGACUGUAAACGGUACAUUUUGAAAAUGGGUCAGAGAGUGCAUGAAUCUGUAAACGACGACCAUUUCAUCUCUGUGUGGGUGCCUAUCUGCAUCUCUGGUAACGAUCAUGUGACACACAGUGUAAUUCUUUUAUGGCGCCUGCGUGUCUGGCCAAAACAACCUUUAUACACAUGCUCUGUACUCUUCUUCUGUCUUUGGUGCAUUUCCUCGGCAACAUUAUAGCGCCACUUACUGGCUUGGCAUAUUCACUACAUCGUUUUCAGUGGUUUCGUUUUGAGAGAUGAUAGAAAAACUUUUUAUUAUUAAAGUGAAGUUUGUGGAAGUUGUCACUGAAUAAAAAAAAUCAAAAAUCAAGUUGUCAGAGAAAAUAAUCAGGAUUUUAUUUUUGGCCAAAAUCAUGUAGUCCUACUAGUAAGUACGGCAGACUACUUCAUCUUGAAAUGGUUUAUUACAGUUGGAGUUUUUUCUGAGGAAGAGCUUACAUUUUGAAGUUGAAAGUGUCUUUGGCGCAGACACAAAUCCUGCUCUGACUUCUGUAACAUUUUGCUUUUGAGCGCCAAAAAGCUCUACUGAAUAGCCGUUAGUAAAAGCUUUCACAACAGUCACAUCUACUCUGCGUCAUCUCGCUGACAGUCAAUGAAGAGUGUUGAUUGUUUUUUUUCACUCUCUCCACAACACCAGUGGAAACUCUGAGCCAGGGCUUGUUUUGAAGUGAAAAAUGCAGCUGUUGACUCUAGAUUUGGAAUCUGACUCAAGCUCACAAAUAUGAGUUCAUGAAACGUGGCUUUGGCUUCAGGACUAUGAGGGCAUACUCACAUUAGACAAUCUGUAAUAUCCCCAAGCACACUUGACCCCCAAUGUCCAGAUUUACAAGUAGGAGAGCUGGUAUAGUUGCUUAUGCAUGGGAACAUUCAGAGGCAGGCGUGUGAUGAUGCAGCUUCUCCUACAUCUAGAGCUGUAUCUUAGCCUUGCCUUAGCACAGGUGGAAAAGGCGGCCUUUCACUCGACUCAAAGCCACAAAGCAGGGUUUACAUAAGUUGUAUACUGGGAUAGAUAAUAAUAGAUAAUAACCAUAGUGGUCUGAGAAUAAAAUAUAUUUUUUACUUAAAAUACAUGAGGAAAGUAGUAACCUAACCUUUGCUGCUCUGUGUUUGUUCUGCUACAAUGAGUCAGGUUUUUCUGGAAGUCAUCUUUGUCACUAUCACAACACCUGGAACAAUGUUUACUCUGGAUUGUCUGUAUAUCGAUCAGCUGUCAGCGAAGGGACUCACCAGAUCUCACAACCUGAGGGACACACAACAGCACGUGAACGGCCUUGUCUCACAGCAAAAAGGGCCCCUGGGAACGUACAGUAGCGCAGGACAUGAAAGCAGCCGUGAAUGAUACGACCUAUCCUGUUCUCUCAGGGACAAGAGGAAAUGAUUUAUAGCAGGAUACAGGAAUGCAAGCAAAUAAAUUUUCUUACACGUCAGAGCUGUUGGUUGGUUUGUUUAAGUUCACAUAAAACAUUAACUUUUGUAUUCUUGGGAAUUUGGUAAAAGGACGCGUAAUGCCCUGAGUGUCUUUAAAACUCAGCGACAUAAUGCACAGAUUCACACCUGUUUGUUAAAGGAUACAAGCUGCUUUGAUUUUGUUCAGUAACUCUUUGGUGCGCCAGACGGAUUAAAGACUGUGGGACAGUUAUCACCUGCAGAAAUGCAAAGGAAAAGUGAAGUUACCUAAACCAGUUUUAAACCAGACGACUACUACAGUGUGAAGCAAUACAGGAUUAACUGCAGGGCCGGCUGUAUGCUUCCAAGAGACUAAAACACACAAAAAACUGUCAGUGAUCAUCAUUCAUCAGGUUUCUAUCAGGGAGCUAAAUCAUCUGCAUUAAUCUUCUCUUUGGUGGGGGGUUUACAGCUCAUAAAAACCAGUCACAAAAAUGACAAAAGAGUAAUGCAGAAAAUAUUGGUUUCCACAGAGAAAGUCUCCAUGGAUAGUUUAAGAAGAAAAUCAAUUUAGAGUCUCUGUUGUCUGCAGCUCAGGGGGAAACUACAAACGUAGGAGCCAUGUUUCAGAUCUGGAGAGAGAACAUUUGAGAACAGGGUAAUCUACGAUUUAAUGUGUCCUUUUACAGCCUGACACGUUACAAAGAGAGACCUGACUUUAACAACUUUGACCUUCCUCAGUAUUACUCACUCCUCUGUUGCCUUUGUGUGUUUACUUCUAUUUGAACAAGGCCUGUUUAUAAAUCACCUCUGCUGCAGUUUUUCCUGUAUCUUAUCACCUCCAACUCAAAUACAGCCAGUGAGAAAGAAACAUUCAUGUGAGAGGGAUGGGAAAGUGUUGAGGCGGGACACAGAGACAGAAAAGCCAUUAACGGGUCUGUCCAUAAUUUAUAUGCUAAUGUCGCCAUCAGAACACAGGCUAAAAAAUGGACCGAUUAUUGGCCUUGGCUGAUAUUUGGCUGGUUAUCUGUAUCAUCCUCUUACUGCACAGAUGGAGUCGGAUGUUUUUUGCACCACAUGAGGUCCUAGCUGAUUGGCUAAAUGUAGAGAUAGACCUGUUUAUCAGCUGGUCGAUUAAUUUGGCCGAUUUUUUGUAUUUUGACAUAAUCAGCUAGGGCUAGGCGAUAUGGCCUCAAAUCAAUAUCACGAUAUAUUGAGCGGUUCACCUUUAUAACGAUAAAUGGACGAUAACUACUCUAACUACUAACUACUAAUAUGGGCAAAAUGAUGUCGGUUAUUGUUGUAAAUUUUGGUAUCAGUAAAUUUUCAGUUUAUCGCCCAGCCCUAAUAUGUAGUCUGUGAUUAUUGUGAGACCCUGAAGAAGGGAUGGGGCCGAUCUAAUCCAGUAUCGGUAUUGAGUUCCAAUACCAACGAAAUUCAUGGAUCGGAUUGGAAUCCUGCGAAAACUUCCGAUCCAACCUGUAAAAAUUUCCGAUCCAUAAGUCAUGUAUUUGCUUUAAGUUUGUCUGCUGAAAUGACCGUACAAGUGAUUCUUGCCGGUUUGUCUGCUAGCUGUCUGUAAACUGCGCAAUGGAUUUUCUGAACAGAGGCGUGUCUCAAUGAGACAUAGAGAUGAGACACGCCUCCAUUUAGGAAAUCAUAAGUACAUAAACUUGCCUGUAGAAAGGAGUUCAUCACAGCCUCAUAUAAAAUAAACUAUAAUGAUAAUUAUAAUGAUUAAGCUAACAGAGCUCUGGUAUCGGUAUAGUAUCCGUAUCGGCAGAUAUCCAAAUCCAGGAAUCAAGAUUGGAUUGGAUGUGAAAAAAUAUGAAUUGGUGCACCCCUACCCUGAAGAUAAUGAAGAAAAAUUCAGCUGCUUGUUGUAUCACUGUUUGUUUCUUUAUGUCAAAGUGGUGAGAUGAAUCAGCUCUAUUACAUUCAGCAUGCUAGGAUAUAUGAAGAAAAAGAAAUAACAAUCCUCAACACGAGAAGGAACAGAGAUUGAGUAGUGAUUAUGAUCAUAAAUGAGAUUCUGUGUCCUCGUCAGAGUAAAAGGCUUCCUAUUUUAACAGAUCUUCUGCCAUCUGGUGGUGGUUUCCCAGUAUUUUCAUCACCAGUCCUGCUCAGUUAUGUCCUUCUUCCUCCUUCACUCUUACCAGUUUUAACGUCUUUGCUUCACCUUCUUUAAAUGUUCAUCACAAAUUUUUAAUGCCCUUUUUUUCUCAUCCGUUCCUUUUUUUCUCAUUUACUUCUCAUUCCUUUCUCUUUUGCUGUCUUCUCUUUCUUAUUCUCCUUCUCAGUUCUCAUUUGACCUGCUUGAUGUUGGCAGCCAGAGACGGUUACAGCAAGCUCAUCAACCUGCUGGUCUCUCAUGGUGCAGAAAUCAACGCCCAGGAUAAGUACGGAUACACGGUGUGUCACAAAAGUCAGAUACCCUGCAUUCAAAAGUUGAGAAAACCCUUCCAUGCAUCUGAUUUUUAACUGGUGCUUCUGUUUCUUGUAAGGCUUUAUCUAUGGCAGUGCAGUACAACAGAGAGGAGGCGGUGUUGAAACUCCUCCAGCUGGGAGCGAAUAAAAACUUGAGGAACAAAACUGGCAAAAGCCCUGCUGACCUGGCAGCAUUCUUCAAACACGCACAGGUACCUAAAGUCCUUUUAAUGAUGUAUUUAAGACACAUCACAAAAACACAGCAAAGUCAUACUUUGUCCUUUUCACAGAUAGGAAGGAUUCUGGCCUCUUCGUCCCACAUCUCGACUGUCCAGGCCUUCAGCUCCAUGGAGGAGACUCUCUCAAAGUUCUUCAAGACCGGCUCUGAACCACCACCUUCCACGGACAGGUGAGAAAACGUCAGACUUAGUAAAAGGGAUGUUUGAAAAUGAGGGUAUCACCAUGAUCUUUACAACACUUAGACAAUAUUACGACCACUCAAUCUUUAGUUUUUGCCUUUUUCAUUGAAUAAGCUGAAAAUCAAGCUCAUAUGGAUACAGAUUAGAAGAGCUCUGUUUGGCUUGUUAGUAUUUUGCUUCACUGGAGUCAACUCAGAGGGUGUCUGUUUCACUAGAAUCAUCCUACCCAUUAGUACUGUCUGAGUGCCUGCUGCCCCCUGUUGGAUUUCCUGUGCACUCGUGCCUGUGCAGCAGGUGUUGUUGAAGCAACGCUCAACCAGACAUAAACAAUAAUAAACUCUUUACUUUGAGUGUUUAGUCCGCUCAGGCAUGGCUGGGAAACGAUCAUCAGCCAAAAAACAUUGUACUCAAGCAUGUGAGGAAUCACAGCCCACAAACAGUUUAGCUGUCGGUCUCUCGUGUCAGAUGCGAAGAUACUUCAACCCCAGGAACACACAACACAUACUCUGCAUGCCACUGGAAAACAGAGUCGACUUUUAAGCUCGACAAUUCAGCGGUUAAGCUGAGAGUGCAUGAAUGCUGCGGUUCGUCUGAUGUGUAUGAACCCGGUGACACUUUCACUGCACCCACUCCAUUCCCACCGGAGAAAAGACGUUUUAUUUUGCACAACCGCUUCAGUAAGAGAUUUCAGGCUCAGUAUCAACACAUGACCUGGGUAGAAUAGACUUUUUUACUGCAUCUCACCUUUUGACAGGAAGUUAAAUCUUUAUCUAGCCGCCUCAGCCUGGUGGUGGCUGAUUCAAUUACUCUUAGUGGGCUUUCUUUGAUUGGACUCACUUUAUGUCUCCGCCAUCACAGCCCAUUAAGCAGUUACAGAGCUUCUAGUUCCUCCAACAUGUUUAGAGCAGAAUUUAGUCUUUGGUUUAGCCCUUUACCUUCAAAGGCGAUUUGAAGAUACAUUUUGUUAUUAUGGCUGUAAAAUGGUCAGAAAAGUCUGAGAGCUUUGGUCCCUUUUUCUAAGAGAACUUAAACUUCACUUUUCAACAUCUGAUUAUUCCACAUUAUAUGGAAUUGACAGCUGUUUAAAAGAAGAAAAUACAAAAACUAAUUUGUUUUUUCAUCACUUUUAUGAGAGCAAAUUUUGUAAAUGCUCAUGAAGUUUUGAUUUCAUAUUUGAAAAGUCAACCUAGACAUGUUUCGAAUCAGAAACAGUCGUUUUUAGGACUCUGGGUGUGCAAAUGAUGCACAUUUUACUUCGUCUGAACACACUGCAAGUUCAGAAGAAGCGUCCUCCAAAUCACUCUCCUCCAGGGCCAACGGUGGUGGCUGGCUCCUCUCUCUUCGCUGUAGGACAUAAAAGAUGCAGAAGAUCUUUUGUACCAACAGCCAUCAGACUUUAUAACUCUUCUGUAAAUAGUAGAUAACUUUUUGACACGUGACAACUGAGACUACAGACGAUUGAAUUUCCCAUUGGGGAUAAAAUAAAGUUAUUCUUAUUCUAAAUAGCUCCUCUACAUACUGUAGCGGCUGUUUCAUAUAUUAUGAUAUAUUUAUUAUUAUUUAUCACUAUAUUUCUAAAACUAAAAACACUAUUUCAGUUGCUCUGUCUGACUUCACUCUCUUUCUCCACUCUCCUUUUCUCCCACGCCCCUGUCAAAGUUGCAGUUUUGGUGGUAUCGUUUUAGAUUACUGUAAUUUAUACCAUACAUCAUGUAUUGACAGAAAUCACAGAUUCUCAGCUGAAUUUUUUAGAUUGAGCAAACUUUUAAAGAAGUAACAGUAUUGAGAAGCUGUGUAGUGCUUUGCCGAUACUUCCUGUGUUUUGCAAUGACUGCCUACCUCAUAUGAUUAUGACUACCAAAGUAAAUCCUAUAUGUGAAAUAUUGAAAUUUUUCUGAUUGGACAAACUUUGGCGGAGUUACGGUAAUAACUCUCCAGGCACAGAAAACAUUGCACCAGUGCGAUGGCUGUAGGUAGAGGGUUAGCACACCAGAGUUACAAUUCGAAGGCUGACUUCCUCCUUUACAAAUGUGCACAGCUAAGGGUAUACCCAUUCAUCAACUUUUAACACAGCUGGUUAAAUAAGUCAACAAUUUUCAGGGUGAACUCUCUGCCCUCCACAGUGUGAAGAGACUUGAUGACCUCGAGGUCUUCCUGCACGGCCUCGAUCUUGGCCACCUCGCUGACAUCAUGACUGUAAGUACCAGUCCCACGAUGGAUUAAAAUCCAGAUAUAUUAUUCUGCGAGCACAGUGCCUCUUUUUCAGACCCUCUCUUAUCUCACUAAUGCUUUGAUAGUUUGCUGAGAUAACAUGCUGUUACACAGCUCAGUGCAGCAUCAGGUCUACGGGUGUAGACCUGAGCGCAGCUGCAUUAGUGUCUGAAUGACACUUAAACGCUUUAAGACACAGCAUGAGAUGACGAGUUUACAUAUUUGACUCUCUGUUUAAUAAUGGAUCUAGUGUUCUGGAUUGGCUUGGCUCAAAUGAAGCUCGGGGUCAGCUCAAGUUUCCGGCCCUAUCUGAUUAAUGAAACGGGGUUUGAUGAGUGCAAAUGGAUUCUCGUCACUGCGUGGCAAAGCUUCAUGCAGGCACAUCUGUUUGAGGUGGCGGGGUCAGGAGGAGCAGAUGCAGAAGUUUUGAUUCGGUGAAUUGCGAGGUGGUUGUUACUUGAUUUCUUUCACAGUUUUUGCUCUUAUUUAGGAAAAUGACAUCACCUGGAGCUGCCUGUUGACCAUGGAGGAGGAGGACCUGGAGAAGGUAGAGGAUUACUCCGACAUCUGUUUGUCUGUCAGCUCUUUCGCAAACCACCAGACACUGAGGUGACCCAGAAGUGAUGAGGGCAGCAGAUGAUGUCCCAUUUUCAGCAGAAAUCGGGUGUUACAGAUCGGACCGAUGCCUGCAGUUAUAAUGAUACUAUUGUUUACAUUUCUAAGAAGACGUGUUACACUUGGUCUGUUGUCAAUUCAGCAUCUUUUCAGACUGGUCAUUGUGGUCAAAUCACAGCAAAAUCAGUGUAAGUGGGAAUUGCCAGAAACAGCGAUGCUGCCACUCACCUGAGACAAAUGGAGAAGAGCUCUGAGGCUGAAGCUGAAUGUUGAUGUCCAGAUGAGAAAUUUGGCACCAAUCCUCGUAAACAGGUCUUCAAACUGGGCUCUGGUCAGCUUAGACUGGAAAUGCCAGAGAAUGAAAAGAAAUAAAACACACAUCUGCAUUGAGACUCGACAAUAGUGAGGCAGUCUGGCACAUCAAGACGUGGCCUUACAGUAACUGUAGUCAAAGUCAGACUGGGCGAUUUCACUGGACCGCUGUCUUUGACUCGGUCCAAAAGCACUGGUCCAGAAUCAAAUUAACAGUGAGGUGGCAGCAAACCCCUUUUCAGCUCAGGACCGUUGGAUUGUCUGCUGGCUGGCUGACUAUGUCAUGUGUCAAACAAGCGACCAGUGAACAAGAAAGGAUGUUCUAGGGCUGGGCGAUAAACCGAAAUUUACCGACACUGAAAUUUACAACAAUAACCAAUGUCAUUUUGCCCAUAUCGGUAUAUUUGGUGUCAAAAAAUAAAUCAAAGUUGGUUUUGGACGUGUGUAGGUAGGCUGUGGUCUCAUGUCCCUUUAAGAGGCUGUUCUACGUCAGAGACAUGACUCCACCUCAUCUUGAGGGAAAUACAGGUGAGGAGAUGGAGGACGAUUCAAAAGUUGUAGCAGCUGAAGUAGAUAAAGUUAAUAUGGGAGGGGGUGAGCAGCUUGUGGUGUAGUUAUCAUCCAUUUAUCGUUAUCGAGGUGAACUGAUCAAUAUAUCGUGAUAUUGAUUUGAGGCCAUAUCGCCCAGCCCUAGGAUGUACAUCAAAAGAUAGAGACACUUUCACCCUUGCAGCUCUACCUGUGGCACAACAGCUUUGUCCCUUUUCACAUCCGUUUUUGUCUUGUGUCAAGGUUUUAGUUGACUACCUGGUUUCCUAGCAACAACAAAGCAUGCAAACUCAAGACUACGCGCAGAAUACUUUGGCCAGUUUCAGUCCGAUGGAGCUAAACAUGGAGGAGAAAAUCUAACCCCAAACAUGUUAACAUGUAUUUUAAGACUUAAAUAAUCUAUGUUUUGUUCCUGUAAAGGUACUGACUGACAUUGUGCCUCAUACAGUAUUUUUAAACAUUUCUUUAGAUAAACAUUUUCGAUGAAAGGAAAAUACUUUUUUUUUUUUUUUUUACAUCGUCAGAUUGGUAUCACUGAUCCUGAAGAGCAAAGGAAGGUGCUGAGUGCCGUGCAGCAGAUGCUCCUGGACAAAGUGGACAUAAACACUAUCAGCCAACUAGGAGCUGCAGACAGUGGGUAUGAGACACUUUUUUACUCUUUAACCCUCUCACCUGAAUACUGCAGUCAUAUUUCAGAUCAUUGUGUUUGACUAAAAUCUUGAGAAAUAUUUGUCAGUCUUGUGUUUGUCCGCUGAAAAAGAGUCUUAAACUUAAACUGCAUGAGUCAAAAAGCAAGAUUGACUGUAUUUGCAAAAAAUUAAACACCUGUCAGCCAUACAUACAGCACCAUCACCCCUCCCCCACAUCCAGCCUCCCUCCAUCAACCCAUAAUGGUCCAUCUGUCCUCCUCCACUGGAAGUCAUCCAUCAGCCCCAUGAGCAUCUCCCUGUCCUGACUUCUUAUCCCCCUUUCCUCAUCUCUGCGGCCGAGCGCUGAGCCAGGUCCUAAUAGUUUAAGCGCAGCUGUAAUGAUUUGUAAAGUGAGAGGUGAUGCAAAGCUAAAAUAAGCAGGAGGGAGCCAGCGGCAGGGGCCACACAGAGUCUCUGCACCGCAUCCCAUCACUUUAUGAAUCUUAGCUGGGACGGAUCUCUCCCGCUUCACCUGCUGGACGAACAGCUGUGGAUACUGGCUUCAAACAAACUGUCUAAAUAGAAUCAUCCUGAUGUAGGGCUGCACGAUAAUCAAAGAAUUGAAUUAUUUGAUCAUGACGAUGUUAAAAAAAUAAAAAUCGUCAAAUCGAUUUUCCUCUCGAUCAUGUCUCACGCCCCUUCCUGCGGGAGCGCUCCCCAGUUCCUACACACAACAGUGUAAACAAACAUGGCGUUUGCAAAAGAAGGUGAUAAUUUUGUGGCUAAAUAGGACAAGAGCAAGUCAGCCGUGUGGAAUUGGUACGGCUUCACAGUUUUGGAUGAAGAGUAAACCACUCCCCGCUGCAAAGUCUGUCUGGAGGCGGUAUCAACCCCUCCACACGGAAACAAAGUUUUUUUGCCGUAACAGCGUUUCGCUUGACUGUAAGCGGUACCUUUUUGAAAACGGGUCAAAGUGCAUAGAUCUGUAAACGACUAACAUUUCAUCUCAAUGUGGAUGUCUAUCUGCAUCUCCGGAAACGAUCAUGUGACACACAGCGUAACUCUUCUACGGCCGAAACAACAACCUUUAUAGGCAUGCUCUGUACUCUUCUUCUGCCUUUUAUGCAUGUCCUGUGUAGUGGCUUGGCAUGUGCACUACAUCGUUUUCAGUGGUUUCCUUUUGAUAGAAAAAGGGUUUUUUUUGGUGAAGUUGUCACUGAAUAAAAAAUUGAAACCGAAAUCUAAAACCAAGUUUUCAGAGGAAAAUAUUGGGAUUUUAUUUUUUGCCCAAUUCGUGCAGCCCUAUCCUGAUGCUUUCUUUGCAUUUUUCUUCGACGUUUCUUAAAGGUACCCAAAAAAGUUUUUAGAUACUAACCUGACAAGAGGGUGAUCCAGGAGCAGAUCCAACCCCCUGCAAACAAACCCCACCCUGAAUGAAUGGUGGGAUGGUCUUGGUUUUGGGAUUCAUCAUUAUCAUGGGUACAUUGUUGUUCCUUUCCAUCGGUCCACAGUCCUCACAGCUCUUGUCAGGUGGCUGCAGUCAACCAGCAACUGAAGAAAACAGACAAAGAUUUUAAAAAGCAGCAGAACAGCUCGUCUUCUUCAUGUUGAACUUGGCGUUAAUUUCUGCGUCUGUACAAUCCCUCUCUAUACUCAUUUAUUCUCUGCCUGGAAUUCAGUCAGAGUAUAUCACUGUUUCAGCCGCUGCCGUUGAGCAAGGCACUGUCUUGCUCCAGAAAAAGGGGUCAGGAAUGUCUAAUUUACUCAGACUGGAUAAAUAACGGAGCACAUAUGAACGAACCUUUUAUCAGCAUUUCCUCAUAACAGCGAGUCUUUUGCAUCUCCGAUCAUCUGCAACAGUGUUCCCACUAGAGGCCCAUCAUCACUCUCUGCUCCCUAGAUAAACUAACAGUUGGGAGAAGGGAGGUGAAGGUGCAGCUCAGGCUGACUGACAGUGUUUACUCGCCCCUCUGACAGAGUGUGAGGAGGGCUGGGACGGCUGGCUGCCUCGUCCCCUAACCGAGGGAAAUGUACCAUUAAGAUAAGAGCUAUCAAUAUCCCACAAGACCAGGGGAUGGGAAGAUGGAGACGGAGAGGUUGAUGAAUAUAAAUAACUUAUCAUCUCAUGUGGAUGUUUUUGGGGAGGAAUGACAGCAGGGGCUAGCAUGUAGAGGAGGAGGAGGAGGAGGAGGAGGAGGUGGGGAGAAGGCUUUGCCACCUGCUCAAAACUCAUGAAGAAUGUGAACACAAAGUUUGCACCAAACUAUCAAUCUGUCUGCCUGCCCUGUUUUCGCUGCAUCUCUUCAAGUCGCCUUCAUUAGCUGCUUGUCUGUUACAGGAGUGAGGAUCUGUAUAACUUCCUGAUCAGUCUGAAGCAGCAGUGCUGCUACCUGACAGAAACAAUCCAGGAUGUCGUCAGCCGCUUUCCCCGACAUCCCUCUCAGGUACAUUUCCUCUUUUGGGUUUUCUGUCAUCAUUUAUCACGUUUAAGUGCUGCGCAGUGACCAGUUUGUUCAAAUAUAUGUAGUAAACUACUGAUUAUGUUUCCUGGGAGACUAAUUUUUCUAUUUAAGUGUUUUAAAAAUGUGUCGAUAUACACUGAUGAGCCGUAACAGUGAAUAAUAUUGAUCGCCAUCGUCACUUGUCAGUGGGCUGAAGAUGAUAGAUAGCAGGUUUGUCCUGGAAGUUGACAUGUUGGAAGCAUAGACUGUAUAUAGAAUGAAUGCUGUCUGCCUCUUCACUGGGUGGAGCCACCAUGAGAACAGCACCCUCUAGUGAUGGGCUGCAGUAUAGGUCAUAAACCCCGCCUCCUCCAGCAAUCCCUAUGGAGCUGUGGACAAACUUUAGAAAUUUAUCACACAGAAUAUAAGUUUUUCCUCCCUGGUUGUGAUGUUGACAUGUAGUUACUGUCAGACUGGUUUUUGCUCAAGUCCUCUUUUUUUCUGUACAGCUCCGUUUUUAAAAGUUAUUAGGGGGUUCAUGUUUUCUAUGAUUGACACCUGAUACAGCCUAUGGGAAGAUUGCGUAGCUGACCUGGGGGAUACGUUGUUUGAGCCAAAUGGGUACAACGCUACAAUGGGUACAAGUGUGUACAACGCUACUGCACAAUGUUCGUUUCAGGAAAUGGAGAGAAAACGUGAAAUUACCGAGAGCUUUUCGGCUUUAAAUCUGUAUACUGGAAGAAGGCGGAACCAAGUUGUCCAUGGUCAAAACACAGAGUGCAUUAGCAAGAACUCUCUUGCCCUUUCUGCACAAACCAGCUUUUAUUGAACGUCCAUUCUGCUGUCUUAAAUGAGAACAAUUCUUUUCAAUGAACUCAGUCCAGAUUUGAAACAGGAGCAGGUGGAAACGAGGCUUUAAUGAGUCUCAUUCAGCUGCAUAAUUAUCCACUGACCCUCUGCCCUGUUCCCCAAUGUCUGAUAAUUCUUCUGCCCGUCUCACUCGACGUCUAAACUCGACCUUUGUCUGUCUCUCAUGUAGCUGGUUUUCUCCCUCGAUCCAAAGAAGGAGGCCAAAACUGUCUGCAACCAGCUGGUAAUCCAAAUGACAGACCUGCAGAAGGAAGUCACCUGCCUCCACAGUCUGCUCUGCCAGGUCAAAACUCACACACACAGACAGAAAGCAAACACAUGGAUGCAAAUGCUGCAAAGAAAUCAAAGCCCACUUUUACCUGUAUUCGCUUUGCGAGAUGUCUCUGUGAUUGACGAGAUAAAAACGGCAAGCAUCUACAAGACUCACCACACACAGCGCCAAAGCCUUCACUGCCAACCUCUCAUGCAGAAAGAAAUGAAUCUCUGGCUUCAUAUUUGGUUAUGAAACAGCGCAGAGAACGAGGUUAACAACACGUUUAACGUACGAUUGAAACUUGAAAAGAAAUUCUCAUUUUCUCUAUUCCAAUUAUUUAUCUGUAUUUCAUAUAAACGGACAAAAUCAGGUGGUAAUUUCAGGCUUGAACAUGUUUGUACUUCAUGCGAGUCAUUGUAAAUUCCUGUCUUAAACUCUGGACUGUUAUUUGGAGAGCUUUCCUCGUACUCUUGAGGAUUAAAAGCUACACGAACAGUUUACAGUGUGCGUCUGUGUCAGAUGUGUCGGCGUAUAUGAAUCCUGGCGAGCUCCAACAGGUAUGUGCGGGAGUGCUCGCUUGUGUGCACCUGACUCUGUGUGUGUGUGUGUGUCUGUGUGUGGGUGUGGGUGUGUUUGUAUUCCAAGAGGAGAGAGUCGUUCCUGACAGGGCAGAAUCCUCACAGCCCAUAAGUCAGCACCACUGUGACACCGACCUGUCAGCACGCAGACGAUGAAGCGAAGGGUUGAGGGGGCUGAUGGGAAGGACGGGGCGGGUUGAGGGAGUUUAAGGCGGGGGGGAGGAGGCGUUGUUAGCGGCACAUGGAGGUGUGUACGCAGGAGGAUAUUUCUGUAUAUUGGUGUCUGUGUAUGUGUUGUGUUGAUAGCAUCUGCGGGGUUGUGUCAGACAAGAAUUUGAAGGCCGAAUCUUCAAGGCAUCAAAACACACACAUACAGUCCAACUGUAGAUAUCAACCAAUCAGAUUUCACCGCAUUUAUCUAACCUGAAGAGAAACAUGAGAGAGUAAUACAAUCUAAUCUAGAUGCACUGAAGUGAAGUCGGAUGGCUCUCAUCGCUGCCACCUGGUGUCGACUGAGAUGAAUGUGUGACUCCUGAUAAAAACAAAGCAUAUGGGAAAACAGCAGCAUGCCAAGUUUAUCAAACCUGCUUUUAAACACCGUCUGAACUUAAUCAUAGCGCACAGUGGUCAUGAGUUAAUUAACCCAGGAAGAUACAUGUGUAAAAAAAUGAACUGUAGUAAUUAUACAUGAUUUAAAGGUGGUGUAGGCAGGAAUCUGUUAAAGAAGCAUCUUUUUUUGUGGUGUAUUUACAAAAAAGCUUUUAAUAUCAGUCAAUAGCUAUUAGUUAUUGAUGACAUUUGGGAAUAUAAUGAUAUCGCUGUGUUUUGUUAUGUCUGUGUAGUCAACAUUUUAAAAUUUCAGAGCGGUCCGCUCUUUCUGACUGUAAACAAAGCCUUUCCCUACCUCCCCCAUCCUGAUUGGUUGUGAGGCAGACGCUGCUCCCCCGUGUCGUUCACGAGCCCAAACAAAGUUAGCGUGAUACAAUAUCGGACAGUAGAAACCAACCAGAAAGUUCAGAAAAAUGUCUGAAUCCUCUUUUGGCCACGACUGCCGACACAAGCAAGAAAACAAAGUAAAUACCGGAGACUCUGGAGGAAUAACGGGCGCUUAGAAAGGAGGCAGACCACAAGCCGGGUCAACAAUGAUGGGGGACGCUUUGGGAUCUUCCGGACCCUGUAACCUUUCUGCUGGACAGGUAAACCUCUUUAAUAAAGUAAACCAAGUGUCUGUAACAGAAGUGUUUCUUGUCAAACGGACCUGCUGCAUGUUGUAGCGUCGCCAAACAGUUUACCUCGCGUCCUGGACUAUGUCACUUUAUCCUAGUUGUAGAAGUCCUGCAAACAUUGUGUUUGCUGGUAGUCUGUUGGCAUCUACAGUAGCACCAAUGCUUUUUACUUUCAUGUUGACUGGGCCCCAUUUGUAAUGAUCUGAAGUAUUUAUCUGCAUUAUAUCUGAAUUUAAUUGGAACGAUACGAUUGUUGGAGCAGAGAGGGAGGGGAGAGGAGGAGCUAAGAGGAAAACUGGUUGGGAGGGGUCGAGUUUACAUUCAAGAUUUCUCCCAAAAACAGGCACUUCCUUAGAUCCUGCCUACCCCACCUUUAAAGAGAGUUAUUAGUGAGGUUUAAAGCUGCAAAGGUCCCACAUGUGAUGAAUGCACACCUGCAUGCUGUUUCCUCAGCUCUGUUCCCAGCAUCAAUAUGACCAAAUAAGCUUCCAGACACAAACGGACAAACAGACACGCAAAGUAAGCGUCAACAGAGAUCCUCAUAAGGAGGUUUGGGGCUAAAAGCAGCAUAAAUAUUGGAUCUGCUUUCAACAGGUGGACAGAAACAUCACCACGAAGAAUGAUAAUAUUUCUCCAUGUCUGCCUGAUGUGUAAAUAGGCAGCUGUUUAGAAACACGCUUGGCAUAAUAACAACUAAAGGAGUAUUCCAGGAAACAUAAAAGUGAUAUUUACAUGCAGUGUUACUCUGUUUGCCUCAUUGUGCUCAUCAGUGACGGGCAAAGUACACAAAUAUGUCGCAUGACUUCAAGUAUAAAUACUCCAAUAUGAGAGAAAGUGUCUCAGUCAAAUUGUUUGAUUUUUACAAUGCAUGAGUUUAGUUGAGAGAAACAUGAGCGUACAUUCUGCCGUGUUGUUUUAAUCUAGAAAAUAUGAACUUCAGAAUAAGAGGGGCAGAGACAGGAGGAGCCAAAACAGCAGCAAAGAAAACCACAAAUACAGACAGAUUAGUUUAGAAUGUUAAUCUGGAAUAAACGUUUAGUUUUAGGUAAUGGUGAACUUCAUGCACGGACAUUUAAAACAACAAGAUUCAUUUUCAUUUAGGAAAAACCUCAAACAUGGACUUAAAAUGCAGCCAUCACCAUGACUACAAAAUAAACCUGCUGAUCUUACUGACAUUUGCACAGUCAUAGAGAUGCAUCAUAUACAGGUAUAUCAGUAUCAUGCAGAGGUGUCUAUCUGAAAGCACCUUCGCCUCUGGGGUCCAAAGGAAAUGAUAAUAUGGCCUUAUAACUAGGGCCCGACCAGUAUGGAUUUUUUGGGGCCGAUUUUAAAAUUUUUAUGAAGUUUUAAAAUUUAGUUAAUUGAAGUAAUAUAUCUACAUAUUUACUUUUUCUUUAACAAAUGGCUGCUUUGAGGCUUUUAAACACUUUGAAGAAUUAAAGGUAGAAAAUUCAUUUCAAAUCCUUUUUAUUGCUAAAACAACUGAAAAAGAAUGAGUUAUUCAGUGUAAAGCGCAAACAGUUAACUUCCAACUCUUUUGGUCAAGGUGAAGUUGUCCCACACCUUGCUUUCUUUUGACAUCUGUAAAAAACAAAAAGAAAAAAAAGAGAGAACAGCAAGUGUGCAUUAAAUAUGCAUUGUUUAAAAGAAUCUGUCUCGUUAUAUAUGGGCCAUUUUCAAACUCAUAGCCUACAUUCAGCAUUUUUCUUAGCUGUGUUUACACAAUAUGACUUACACUACAGCCCUGGCUAUUUAUUUUAACUGUAAUAAAGAUGUUAAACUAAUUAUUUCAGCUUAUUAUUCAGACUGUAGCAGGUGUGAGUCUGAUUAAUUUGUCGACCUCCAUCUUGUCAAACUCACACACUCGUCAUCCUCUAAAUAAAUAGCCGAUAUGAAUAAAUAAAAAUAAAGCUAACUCAUGCACAUCAUAAAAAAUGAGGAUCACUCGAUAUACUGUUUGUUACUGCUCUUCACGCCGACAGGAAGACCGACUGAUCAUCUCAAUAAUAUUCCACGUUUUUCUCAUGAAUCAAACUCGGACUAAAAAACCGUUUUCAACUUUCAUUGUUAUCGUCAGAAUGGCAAAACUUAUCAUGAUAAAUUUUUUAGCCUAUAUCGCCCAUCCCUAGUCUGCACCAAACAUGGGACUUAAUUUCCUUUUCGUCAAAUUUAAAGAUUGUUUUUGUAAAUGUCAUCUCAGGCAGGAAUUGGGUGUCAAGCUGCAUAAACAUUCUCAGUCUCUGGACAGCAGCAGGUGAAAUGAUUGUAAAGUCGAUUAAAAUACCCUGUUUCUAUAUUUGGUUUGUCACCCACACUGUAUGUUAGCUCUGUGGUCCAGUCUUCCCGGCACUCACUCCAAGAAUUUCCGUGUCGCGGCUGUCAGGAAGUCAGGAAGUUUGUGUUCUUCGCCAAACCUCAUGUUACCGAGUCAUAUUUGAACUUGAACUCGUCCUCAGGCUUUCUCACAUGACACGGUUUCAGCGGGGAACUGUGUCACUUCUUCACUUGAGAGUUCGGGAACAGAGGCUGGUGGAUCCUGGAGGAUUUGGCUCGGGAAGUUAGGGUGACUCAGGUCCCACGAGUCAUGCUGCGGUGGGGACAAGACGUUCCCUCAUCCUCAGAAUGAGUCGGUGUAUGUUUGAUUCACAUUCAGCAGUAACUGAGCUGAUAUUUCCCAGCCUGUCGACUUAAACCGUCUGACCAGGAAACUGCCAUAAUCCAGUCUGGAUUAAGUCGAAGUGACCCGUCUGAGACCCUGAACUUCCUGCAGGAGGAGGAGCAGGAGCAGGAUUUUAGUGUUUGUUCUGCUUUCUGUGUGUUUCUCAUGUGAAUCUCACCUCCCUCCUCAGAUGGAUGAGAGCAAAGAUCGCCUUCACGUUCCUCAACACGGUUCCCACGGCAACUGGAGGAUGCGGCCCUUCACCAGAGUGGCACUGAGCGCGCUCGGAGCCUCCCUCCUGCUGCUCCUCUAUAAAGCUGCAGGUGGAGAGGUCCCUCUGCGGGUGUACAGGAGUUUUCUCUGAACAGCAGGGAGGUCGUGUUCGUCUGUUUGUUCAUGAAGUCAAAAAUUGGGUGAUUGUUUCAAACGUCUGAUUGUUUUAGGACUCGUUUUUUUGGUCUUUGCUGGAGCUUGUCUUUAAGUUUAAUUUUGAUUUUUAUUUAAGUUUUAAGGGUUUGAUUGAAGUUUCUUUUAAGGAACAGUUUCUUACUUUGUGAAAUUAAGAGUGGAAAAAACUCCUGAAUCUCUUUCAGUGCCUGCAGAAAAUGUUAAUAAAAAUCCUCAAAUUAUGAUCGAGAGCC